CAAUGCCUUCCUCUACUUCUCUGUUGCUUGCUUAGCAAUGCUGCUCACAGUGUGUGACUGAGCUGGAUACACACACAGCAGCCUUGAGGAUUCACAGCACCCCCAGUCACACCACCCCAGGAUCUAUAGCCAUUCAGACCUGGGACACUCACAUGAAGGAUCCAGCUUUCUAUUCAUCUGGCUGGCAUUGACUGGGAGCUGGAGUUGUCUUGCUAUGCUGUUCUUCUGUCUCUCAUCCCUUGAAUGGGACAAGUGCUGAUAGAAUAGAAGGGUUAUGGAUAUGAACUGAGUCUGUGCAAGAGCAAAGAAAAGCAUACAUCCUUCCCUUUGUCAUAUUCUUUUUGAGGUUGGGAUUUUGCUGGAGACGUGGUCAAGAUGAUCUCCCCGAAAGACAAGCCCAAGAAGAAACCCCCUAAAGACAGUAUGACCCUCCUGCCCUGCUUCUACUUUGUUGAGCUGCCGAUCGUAGCCUCCUCGAUGGUCUCUCUGUAUUUCCUGGAGCUCACAGACCUGCUGCGACCGGCGCAUGUGGGGUUCCGCUGCCAUGACCGAUCGCUCAGCAUGCCCUACGUGGACAGCGGAGACGAGCUGAUCCCACUGCUCAUGUUGCUGAGCCUGGCCUUCGCAGGUCCUGCUGCCUCAAUUAUGCUUGGAGAGGGUCUGAUGUACUGCCUGCAGUCUAAACUGAAGCUGAGGCCCAGGGUAGAGGGCAGCAUCAACGCUGGCGGCUGCAAUUUCAACUCCUUCCUGCGCAGAACCGUAAGGUUUGUGGGUGUCCACGUGUUUGGUCUCUGUGCUACAGCCCUGGUGACAGAUGUGAUCCAGCUGGCCACUGGCUACCAUGCCCCCUUCUUCUUGACUGUCUGCAAGCCGAACUACACCAUGCCAGGGGUGUCUUGCGACUCCAACCCCUACAUCACCCGAGACAUCUGUGCAGGGUCCGACCAGCACGCCAUCAUGUCUGCCAGGAAGACAUUCCCAUCCCAGCAUGCCACACUGUCCGCCUUUGCUGCGGUGUAUGUUUCAAUGUACUUUAAUUCAACGAUCUCUGACAGCACCAAACUGCUGAAGCCCAUGCUGGUGUUUGCAUUCGCCAUCGCGGCCGGCCUCUGUGGACUCACGCAGAUCACUCAGUACCGCAGUCAUGCCAUCGACGUCUACGUGGGCUUCUUCAUCGGAGCUGGCAUCGCUGCUUACCUGGCCUUCCACGCCGUGGCAAACUUCAAAUACUCUGAGGACGCCUCCCCAUGCGCUCCCCAGCCGCCCCCCAAGGAUGCCCUCCGCGCCCUGACCCAGCGAGGCCACGACUCCGUCUACCAGAAGAACCACCCGUCCGAGAGCACAGACGAGCUGGCCGCCCCCCAGAGGAUGCAGGGCCUGAAUCGCCAGGUCCAAAGGGAGAAAGUGUCCCUGGGCAGCCUGAAGCGGGCCAGUGUAGAUGUGGAGCUCCUUGCCCCCCGCAGCCCCAUGGGAAAAGAGAACAUGGUCACCUUCAGCAACACACUGCCGCGUGUCCACACCCCUUCCGCAGAGGACCCAGCCCGGCGCCACAUGACCAUUCACGUGCCUGUCGACCCCCUGCGCUCCAAACAGCUGCUGUCAGAGUGGAAGCAGAAAUCCAUGGAGCUCCGAAGUGUCGGGCUGAGCUUAGGAGUGGAUGAGGAGCGGGAUGGGAGUUCAGAAUGCUCCGAUUCAGGAGAUGAUGUUGAAGAGGAGGACUUGGUAGUCCCAUCUUCUUUGUAUCCCACAGUCCAGUCUCGACCCAGUGCAGGCCCAGGGGCAAGAGUAGUGAUCCCUCCCAGACCGGUGGCUCCUCAGCUGGUACAUAUCCCAGAAGAGGCUCCCCCUCCAUCCCCUAAAGGCUGCUCAGGCGCCCGGGCCAAGUGGAUCUCCAUAGCCGAGAAGACAGCAGCAGGAGUCCCUGCCCCAACCCCUUCCUCUCUGCGGGCUGCCAACCAGCCUCGGAUCAUGCAGGUGAUCGCUAUGUCCAAGCAGCAGGGGCUAAUUUCAGUGACCCCCAAACACUCCGAGACAUCUUCAUCCACUUCUUCCAGCUCUGAUUCUUCCCACUACAGACCCCCUUCCGAGCGGGAUAGCUCCAGCAUUGUCACUGUAGACGCUCAUGCUCCUCAUCAUCCCAUAGUGCACAUUUCAUCAGGGAACGGAGGACCUUGGGAAUGGAAGACUGCAGCUAACAAUGGCGGGAGUGCAUCUGAACUCAAGGAAGCGUACGAACUUAACGAUCUGAAUCGGGAAUGCAGUCGGAAUUACCGGAAAGUGAAAAGCGUUUCUCCAGCAUCUUCAGCUAGCGAUCCUGAUACAGAACUGACCACAGGCCAUUUGGAGCUGGCUUCGGAAAGCCAGAGCCGGGAAUCCACACUCCGGAGGAAACCUGGAACGGGAAUUUUGGGACAAGAACGAGCAGGAACCCCGAUACAGACCGAGCAAGAUCCGUUCUAUAAGAAAUUGCAAACCGGACGAAGGUUUAAAGAGUGAAUCAACUAGAACAAAUAGAAACCCUCUUCAAAAUGUAAACUACAAGGAACAUGAAUAUACGUGGAGUUUCAGAUCUUAGGUUUAGGCCAGAGCAUGUGAGCGAUGAAUAAUCGUGUUAUAAGGCCUGUAUGGUAUGAAUAUACCCCAAGCAACCCCAAAAAAUAUUGAAUAAAAUAAGAACAUUUUCAAAUGAAGUAUCUGAAACAUCGGGCAAAGACAACUGACGAUCAAUCAUUUUUAAGCCAAUUGAAGGUGUUUAAUGGAAGUCCUGACCAAUUUCAAGUCUUUCUUAUUCAAUUUUAAACACACAAUAUAAAAAAAACUAAGAAACAUUUAUGAAAUGUUUGUCUACUUGGCUUUGCAUCAACCACUUAUUUGUUUAUCCUGGAAUAAACACAGAGGCGGUUAGUACAAUCCAGGCUGACUCCCCAAUGCUCUAAUACACUGCAGUAUAGUAUAGUAUGUCAAAUAACCUUAUGCUUUACCUUCAAAGACAACUCAGUGAAUCCUUUAUUUUAUUAAACCCCCCAAUUCAUAGACACUAAUAAAUUAAAUGACCUGAGUUUCUCAUUAACAAGUUACUGUAAUACGAAGAACAUAUAUAGUACAUCACAUACAGGUGCUGUUUAGAUUUGAGAGGAUCUCAGGACGAGACAACAAAACAGAAAAGGACUUCUGUUCAAUACUGGAAAGAUAGAAGUGGUCAAUAUAUGGAUGGAAUGAAAACGUUGAUUUUUGACAGGAAUCACAGAAAAAUGAAAUAAACGCUUCAACAAUGGAGGCUCUAACCACCACUACACUACCAGCUUCCUAUUCAUAUACUUCUGAAAUACUUUGUGACUGAAAUGAUCUGUCUGAGGCUGCGGUAGAAAAGAAGCGGUACGUGUUCUGUAGGGAUGAUCCUCUGUUCAUACUGGGGUGUUGUGUAUUCACUAGCUGUUUUUAGUUAAAUAGCAUUUUAUUUCUUUUUCACCUUUCCUUGCCUUCCUCUGUUUGCAGUUAGGCUGGAUUACCUUGAUCCAAUAUUUAUUUAAUAUAGUUUUCCUCAAAUCUUUUUACCCGCCUGUGACAGUGUUUGGAAAAUCUGAACUGCCUUGGACUAAACAGACUGUCUUAUUCAAAUCAUGUGACAAAGUUACCUUUCAACCUGGCUGGUCCCAUUUAUAUAAUGCAGAGUAGGCUGGACCAGCAAAGUUUAAAAGCCACAGGCCACAUGUCACAUGGUUUGAAUGAAAUGAGGAAAUCUGUUCAGUGCUGGGCAGUUAUAAUUUUCCAGACAAGGUCAAAGCCAGGUAAAGAGGGUAUAGAGCAGUAGUUCCCAACCCUGGUCCUGGGUUUCAACUGAGCUCUCAUUUACUGAACUAAACCCUUAAUCGAACUGAUAAUUUAAUUAACAAUUAAAAAUGUCUAAUUAACAACAUUUGAUUUAUAUAUGUCACCCGUGGUAUCAGGCACUAUACAAACUAUAAUUAAGUCGCCAACUAUGCCAACCUCUUACUUAGAGAAGAUUGAUUUGUUGUAUAUCUAAAUUAAGAACACAUUUGGUUUAUAUAUAAAGACGUUAAACUCAAAAUAAUCAUGCAGUUAAAAAUAACAAUACUCAAUUAUUAAUAAUAAUAAACAUCAAAACAAUUAAUCACAACUGUGACAUAACAAGUAUCACAAGGUGCUUUCCAAGAUUUCAACAAACAGAAAGAAAAAGUACAAUUAAGUACAGUUAAAAGCCAGUUAAAAGUACAGUUAGAUACAAUUAAAAUCCCAUUUAAAAUAAUAAGUCAAUAAUUUAGCAAACUGUCAGUUCAAUCAAGGGUCUAGUUUAGUAAUUGAGAGUUCAGUUGGAAUGAAAACCAGCAGCCACAGGGGGUCCCCAGAGCCAGGGUUGAGAACCACUGGUCCAGAGCAUAAUGAUGAUACAUUAAUAUUGAAGCAUCAGAGUCCAGAACCAAGCUCAGCGACAGCAAACACCAUGAACAGACAAGGGAAAGGAGGGGCACCUGUACUGUAUAAAAUCAUAUUCAAAGCUACGUUCUCUUGGAAUGGGUGGGUGUUUUUUACGUGUUAUUUUUGACUGAUAAACUAUUGGAUUCCCAAUGCUGCCAACUGUAAAUAAGACAUUUCAGUGAAAAAAACAAAAACAAAACUAAAGGACGAUUUUAUAAUCCACUGAUAAAUACAUUCUGUAAUUUUGACGGAAUUUUUUGUGUACUUUUUCUUUUUAUCGUUCAUGAAGAUGGAAACGGACAGAGCCAUCUAAAUGUGUAAGGGUGCCCUGGAUCACAUGACUGCUCCAGACACUCUGAGCCAUUGCACUGUAUCUGAAUGUGCAAGGGUGCCCUAGAUCACAUGACCGUUUCAGACAGUCUGAGCCAUUGCACUGUGCUCUCCAUGAUUGUACAUACUGCAAACUGGCAUCCCAGACUGCAAUAGAACUCAGCAGAAACACUGUCUUAGGGAUGGAAGAACGCUAGCAUAUAAAGAGCUUGGUUUUACAGCUUGGUAACUGGAUUGGAAUUUGUAUUCCUCCUGUAUUUAUUCCAGUCAGGAUUUAAAAAUAGAAAACUGCAGUAUAUACUCAAGGUGUGUCUGAAUCAUAAAGGAUGCAAACCAAUCACUUGAAAUCAUAGUAAGAAGUAAUAGAUUAACACUCUGUUAAAAAUCUGUGUGUCAUCAGUGUAAACACGACUUGCACUAGAUGUGUAUCCUUCAAAGAAUUCAAACAUUAUCCCUAGUUUCACGAAGGCGCUCUGAAUAUGGCGGAAGACUAAAUAUUGUAGCUUUUCAUUUUAGUUUUUUUAACAUAGUGUUUUUAUGUUUAUCAGUUAAUUCUGAGCUAAAGUAUAUGCUGUAAAUAU